AUGGCGGAACUUGAGGAGGCGUCAGUGGCUCUCGUGAAACUUGCCCAGCAAGACUCUUUUGCGGAAGAUCUACGUUCAAUCCGCGCCACCGGGCAAGUGAAGACUUCGUCCAAACUGAAAGCGCUCUCUCUGGUACUCGUUGAUGGAGUUCUAUGCACCCUAGGACGCCUCAGCAACGCAGGCAUAUCGUAUGCUCAAAAGCAGAAAAUGAUUUUGGACAACAACCAUCCGUUCACGCUACUAGUCGUGCGAUACUAUCACCUGAAUCGACUGCACGCGGGCCCCAGGCUUCUCACCGCCACCAUUCAUUUGAAGUUCGGGCCUCUCCGACUACGAAAGCUCGUGCGCAAGGUAAUGCACGAAUGCGUCAACUGUUUCCGCAGCCGACCCGGCUUAAGCGAGCAAAUUAUGGCAGAUUUACCAUCGGUUCGAGUAACGCUAACUUUACCGUUCCUGAACACCGGAGUGGACUUUUGCGGUCCGUUCUAUUUCCGGCCGGUUUCGAGAAAGGCUGCCCCACAGAAGGCGUUUGUAGCAGUUUUUGUUUGCCUGUCAACCAAGGCAAUACAUUUGGAGUUGGUAGGCAUCCUAUCCACGGAUUCGUUCAUCGCUUCCUUGAAGAGAUUCGCUGCUCGUCGAGGGGUGUCGAAAACCAUAUCUUGCGACAACGGCACCAAUUUCGUCAGCACUCAACGGACACUCAACGAAUUUAUACAGCUGUUCCGGUCUCAGCAGAGCCGCUUGGGCAUAAUUCGACAAUGCUCUGCCGAGGGCAUCCAGUUUUCCUUCAUUCUUCCUCGAUCGCCGCACUUCGGUGGUAUCUGGGAAGCCGCGGUUAAAUCCUUAAAAACGCACCUUCGUCGCACACUGGUCAACGCCUUGAUCACCGCCGAGCAAUUCCAGACGCUCCUUACGCAAAUAGAGGCGCUGCUCAACUCUCGGCCGCUGACGCAGCUGAGUAACUCGCCGGAGGACUUGGACGUUCUCACUCCUGGCCAUUUCUUGGUACACCGGCCUCUAACGUCAAUUCCCGAACCCUCCUAUGAAGAGCUACCCAGCAAUCGGCUUUCGCAGUGGCAGCAAAUUCAGGAAUAUCUCCGUCGCCUGUGGAAACGAUGGCCGACGGAAUACUUAUCAGGACUUCAACAGCGUACCCGUUGGACACGGGAACGAGACAACAUCCAAGUUGGAACGAUGGUGCUGAUUCGUGAGGACAACCUCCCGCCGCAGAAGUGGCGUUUCAGUCGGGUGGUUGAAAUAUUCCCGGGCAGCGAUGGGCUCAUCAGAAUUGUCAGCGUCCGCACCAAUGAUGGAGUCUACAGACGGGCAAUCACACGAGUUUGUGUCUUGCCGAUUCCGGAUAACCAUCCAGAAUACGAUGCUGCAGCGUUCCUGGUGCCAGCAACACAAGCGACGUCGCAUGGGAGGGGACCUUAA